AUGGACCCGUUCGUCGUCGACACGACGAACAUGCUGCAAGUACCUACACCCCCGAGGUCCCAGGAAGCUUGGUAUCAAAGCAACGGCAUGCCUUCUUCCCAAGGCAGCGCCGGGUCAGAUUCGACCGGCUCACCUGGUUUGGAGCGGUCAUCGCCUGGCACUCGCACCCCAGUCACACGUGAAGCACAUCAACCCAUGGCCAAGCCCGCGCCGCCACGGUCGACCAUUGCCCAGCAGCUUGAGGUGAUGGAUACCUGCGCUCAAGACGAGGGACUCUAUCACAGUUGCGACAACCCAUGUGAGUUCUGGGACGCUGUGGCUUGCAAGCUCUCUGGGCCCGUCAAGCCAACAGGACGGGAACUAGAGUUGCAUGUCCGCGUUAUAUGUCACGAGCGAAGAGAAUGUCUUUUGCGAGGCCAGAUUCCUCCGCGCCGAGAGGAGUACGAAAAACUUGACAUCGCCAUCGACGCCUGGCUCCAGAUAGAGGGCCGACGGAUCCUUGAGCGCUGCGUCCAGGGAAUUCGGCUGGGUUACCUGCUUACCUUCGGCCCGGAGGAGUCGUCUUAUGAACAUAUCCUCUCCGAAGACUGUCUUGACAAGUUGAAGUCCAACACGGAACACAUGAAGAUGCAGAGGAGCAAGAAAGGCAGAGCUGGCCGCGUCACCAGUGUCCGUCUGGUUCGAGCCAUCGAAUCAAUCGAGGCCAACGUACCUGAGCAGGGGCCGAAGCUACGAGCAAUCACCCCUGAUGAAUUCUACGGCCCGACCUCCCGUCGUUUUCGUGAUAGUCUGUCUCUGUUGCUCGAGCAUGACGUCGAUGGCUCAAGGGCCUUACGGGGCGCAUACCCGGCUCCGAUUCUUGGCAAGCUCGCCGAGAAUAUGCCAAACGCACCACUUGACAUGCCGGCCAGGCAUUUCGACACUGUGGUGGAUGCGGACACCACCCCCGAGCCCGAAGACGCCUUGUACCCACCGCUUCGGCCGAGUUCGCAUAUGGUCACCACUGAAAUUUCAACCUCGAGGCAGAACAUCGGUGCAGGCGCUGGGCCAGAUGCGUGUUUGGACAACUCUCGUCCAACACAUCGAGAAGCUUCAGCCAUCAGUCGUCGAACCCGCCAGCCAGAGAAGGGACAAGAAGCACGAAGAAGUGACAGUGCCAACGACAAUUCAUUGAAGAUUCGGACGACCAGCACAGAACCUAAACUGUUCUCCGUCAUAGACAGCGCUGCCCCAAGGCUUAGCACUCCUUCCAGCGUCGCAUCUUCGGCUGGUGAGGUGUUCAGGUUCAGUGCUACCCCAUAUCGCCAAGCGUAUCUACAUGAUGAGUCCGGUCAGAGUGCGUCCCCUGCACAUGAUCGUGCUCGUUACGGACGAUCACCAGCGCCUUCAAAGGGGCAGGCGCGGGCUUCAGAAGCAGUGACAGGCCGCCAUCGUGCAAGCGGGACUCGGAGGACUAGCAACGUUGCUCGAAACAUUACCCCUAUCGCCCCCCUGCUAGGUUCGGUAUCGUCAGAGCCUCUGGCAGGGAGGCUGCAGCCCCUGACAUCUUGCCGGGACUCACAAGAUCAACCAGGCCACCAAGGGAACAAAAUAAAACAAUACAACCCCUUUGGCAAUGUCCCGGUCAUCGACCUGACCGAGUCCCCCAAACGAGAGCAACUAAAACGGGAAACAACAUUCGGAGGCGACAAUAUGAACGGCGCGAUGAACAUAUCGUCGGGAAAUCUUGUCAGCCUUGUCUCUCACUCCGUUUCCCACGUCAUCCGUCGCAACAUUGCGGAGUUUGAGGACCGUGCCAACCGGCGGUUAGACAUUGUGGAAGAGCAUGCGAGGCGGUUGUGGCAGGGUACUAAGGAGUCCUAA